GACCUUGGACCAUGAAGAUGGACCCUUUGCCUAUCUUCUGGUUGCUCCUGGUGGCCUGGCGGCUCAGCCUUUCUUUGGCUGUGAACCCCUUUGCAGUGCAACAGAUCCCCCCUGACCCUUGCUAUGAUGAAAAAGGAGCACCCCGUCGUUGCAUCCCAGAGUUUGUCAAUGCUGCCUUUGGGAAGGAGGUUCACGCCUCCAGCACCUGUGGCAAGCCUCCCACCCGCCAUUGUGAUUCUUCAGACCCCCGGAAGGCUCACCCUGCAUCCUACCUCACCGACCUCAACACUGCGGCCAAUAUGACCUGUUGGCGCUCGGAGACCUUGCACCAUUCGCCCCAGAACAUCAGCCUCACUCUCUCCUUGGGCAAAAAGUUUGAGGUCAUCUAUGUGAGCCUGCAGUUCUGCUCGCCGCGUCCUGAGUCAGCUGCCGUUUUCAAGUCCAUGGAUUAUGGCAAGACGUGGGUGCCUUACCAGUACUAUUCUUCCCAGUGUCGGAAGAUCUAUGGCAAGCCCAACAAAGCCACGGUCACCAAGCAGAAUGAGCAGGAGGCCCUGUGCACAGAUGGGCACACUGACCUCUACCCACUGACUGGAGGACUUAUUGCCUUCAGCACUCUGGACGGGCGUCCUUCAGCCCAGGAUUUUGACAACAGCCCUGUGCUUCAGGACUGGGUGACGGCCACUGACAUCCGGGUGAUUUUCAGCCGUCCCCAUUUGUUCCGGGAGCUAGGGGCUCGGGACCAUGAGGAUGAGGAUGGUGGGGUGAGCUCUUCAUCCUACUACUAUGCUGUGGGCGAGUUUCAGGUUGGAGGACGCUGCAAAUGCAAUGGGCAUGCUUCUCGCUGUGUGAAAGACAAAGAAGGCAAGCUGGUGUGCGACUGCAAGCACAACACCGAAGGUCCUGAGUGUGACCGCUGCAAACCUUUCCACUACGACCGUCCGUGGCAGAGGGCCACUGCCAGGGAGGCCAAUGAGUGCCUAGCCUGCAACUGUAAUCUUCAUGCCCGCCGCUGCCGUUUCAACAUGGAGCUCUACAAACUCUCAGGGCGGAAGAGCGGAGGUGUCUGCCUCAACUGUCGCCACAAUACUGCUGGGCGGCAUUGCCAUUACUGCAAAGAGGGAUUCUACCGGGACAUGAGCAAAUCCAUCACUGACCGUAAGGCCUGCAAAGCCUGUGACUGCCACCCUGUCGGUGCAGCCGGAAAGACCUGCAACCAGACAACUGGUCAGUGCCCGUGCAAAGACGGUGUGACAGGGCUGACCUGCAAUCGCUGCGCCAAAGGCUACCAACAAAGCCGUUCUCCAGUGGCUCCCUGCAUCAAGAUUCCUGCCAUCAACCCAACCUCUGUGGUCACCAGCACAGAAGAACCAGCAGACUGUGAUUCCUACUGCAAGCCAGCCAAGGGCAACUACAAAAUCAAUAUGAAAAAGUACUGCAAGAAAGACUAUGUUGUCCAAGUCAAUGUCUUAGACAUGGAGACAGUGGGCAGUUGGGCCAAAUUCACCGUCAACAUCCUUUCAGUCUACAAGGUCCGGGAUGAGCGAGUGAAACGAGGCGACAACUUCUUGUGGAUCCACAUGAAAGACUUGGCUUGCAAGUGCCCCAAGAUCCAGAUCAGUAGGAAAUACUUGGUCAUGGGCAUUAGUGAAAAUCCCACUGAUCGACCGGGACUAAUGGCCGACAAGAACAGCUUGGUUAUCCAAUGGCGGGAUGCUUGGACUCGGCGCCUUCGGAAACUGCAGAGGCGGGAGAAAAAGGGGAAAUGCUUGAAACCGUGAUUGGCUUGGGCUCACGUCCGUUCACCAUUGCCUCCCGUCUCUCUUGGCCCAUUGGCUCCCUGUGCACUCUACUCAACAGACUGUUCCAAGAGACUCUGUACAUAUACAGGUUAUGUGAACGGAUGGACUCACCUGUGUAUAGUGUAUAUUUUGGCAAGGAUUCCUUUGUAUGUGCGCGUGGGCUUGGUGGAUGUGUGCAUGAGAGCAUGGGUUCUUUUUUUUUAAGUGUUUAUUAAAGAGUAACACUAUAAUGACAAACCUUUAACAAGGAGCAAAGUGAAGGAAACAUCAGACAGGGCCAGUUAAUUGAAGAUGCUUGGAAGAAGACUUCCCAGACCUUCUCUGGGCAGGAUUGAUUUUCCCAUCUUGGGGUUUCAUCUUGUUUUAAUCUUUCUUUCUUUCUUUAAUUCUGCCAAAUUCCAUAGGGAGAGUUUGGCAAACUUAUUUUUCAACUGUAUCUCCCAGAAUUCCAAAAGUCAGAGCUUAGAAAGGUUACUUCUUUGAAUUACAUCUCCAAAUAGCCAUGCCAGCAAGGAAUUCUGGGGUGCAUCUAUGCUGUAGAAAUAAUGCAAUUUGACACCACUUUAACUGCCAUGGCUCCAUGCUACCCAACCUUGGGAUUUGUAUUUGGUGAGGCAC